AGGGAGAGGACUGUGGGAGGAGGAGGAGGAGCGGGGGGGGGUGGAGGAGACAGGCAGAAAGUGGGGGCAUACGCUGACACAACAGGCAGCACUUUUAGUGGGUGAUUGAGGGUAAACUGCCUCGUGUCACACGUGCGUCCCCCUCCGUCCCUCGCUUGAGUUUAAUGUGCCAGACCGGCGUUGGGUUCCCUCGCCCCCCUGGAUUUUAUUUAUAACCGACAAGAAAAUUGGAUGGGACGCACAAACGGGCAAGACAAUCCCGGAAAUAACAUGCGUACUCUCAGCCUGUCACGUACGCUCACUGUGGAUUUGCAUUGCUGUAGGCUGCCGUAGAUAUCCGCACAGCCGCAAAAUGUUUAUAAGGCGGAUACAAACAAACACGCAGAUUGAGAGCAGUAAAUGAGAGUAACUGGUCAAAUCUAAGCGAGCAGAAAAAGACUUGGACAUGAAACUUCUUGUGUCCGUGCCGGCAAAGAUCCUCUCCAUCAGAGAAAGCAGCGGCUCAGCGAGAAAAUGAAGCGAGGACGUGAGCUACGUGCGCAUCCAGCAGAUGACGAGAUGAAAUGGAGAGCUUGGGACACACGGACCUUUUAAACCCAAGCUCUUCCGUCGCAGUUUCAGCCUCGGAGCAGAGUGUGUUUGGAGCGGCGGAGAUUCAGCACACGUACCGAGCGGACAUGGGGCUGAACGGCUUCUGCACGGCGCCGGUCGGGAGUCCGACGGCCGCGGAGUUACUCGCGGGUCUGGCCUCUCAGACCGACUCCCCUGCAAUCACUACCCCGACGAAGCUGUCCAAAACCGGCGUGCCGCUCUACAACGGCGGGGUGGUGUCUCCAUCCGCCACCGUGGAGGGGAGCCACGCAGGCGUUGUGGCUCACACGCCAAACGGUUACCCGGCACAAAUGAAGGGGGCGGCAGGCGGCCCUAUGUACCCCCUCACCAGCAGAGCCUGUCUGCCGGAGAACGGGGACCGGACAGCUCAUGAGAAGUGCCCUUUAUUGAUGAGGAGGAUCAAUGGUGACCUGAAAGCCAGACAGGUGCAACAACAGAAACGGAGAGGCGGGGAGAACCGGGACAUUGGGUCAGGAGCUCUUAAUGGUCUCACAGUGGGGCUAGGAGGUACUGUGGACCUGCUUUUUGCAUCUGGAGACUCUGACUGUAAGCGGAGAAGGCUUGCGGAUGGAAGUGUUGCUCUCAAAUCUUCAGACGCCUCCAGAGUGGCCCGAGCAGUCGCCCCACUCACCAGCCAAAUGACUAUCAAUCACGUGCACUGUGUCACCCCCCAGUCUCCCUUCACUCCUCAUACGAACCAGCACAUCAGACUUAAUGUGGCCUCCUCAGGCCCGCCAGCUGCACCCAGCCAGACUUCCCCCGUUGAGGCCAACUGCAUCCCAACCCCACCGCCUCCUGCAGGGGCUGGCUGGUCCGCAGAGCACAUAGCCCAGCAGUUCAUCGUCCCCUGCAUGAAAUAUUACGGCAUCUGUGUGAAGGACAACUUCCUGGGUCCUCAGCUGGGCGGCAGGGUCCUGGAGGAGGUGGAGGUCCUAAACCGCAGCGGGAAGUUCCGGGGCGGGCAGCUGGUGAGCCAGAAGAGCAUCCCUUCUCGGAGCAUCCGGGGCGACCAGAUCGCCUGGGUGGAGGGACAAGAGCCCGGGUGCCAAAGCAUCGGGGCGCUGAUGGCUUACAUCGAUGAAGCUGUCAUGUACAGCGCUGCCAAUGGACAGCUGGGGGACUGUGUCAUCAAUGGACGCACCAAGGCAAUGGUUGCUUGUUACCCAGGGAACGGGGCUGGAUAUGUCCGCCAUGUUGACAACCCUAACGGUGAUGGACGCUGCAUCACGUGCAUCUACUAUCUCAACAAGAACUGGGAUGUCGAGAAACAAGGAGGGUUGCUGCAGAUUUACCCUGAGGGCAAAAAUGUGGUAGCCAACAUUGAACCUCUGUUUGACCGGUUGCUCAUCUUCUGGUCGGACCGCAGGAACCCACACGAAGUCAAGCCAGCCUACGCCACUCGCUAUGCCAUCACAGUCUGGUACUUUGAUGCCAAAGAGAGAGCUGAAGCUAAAGAGAAGUACAGAUUGGCAACAGGACAGAAAGGUGUUCAAGUGCCUGUCACCCAAAACAGCAGGACAUAAAUCUCAUCCAAUCACUGGAGAGCACUCUGAAAGUAUUAUGUGCCUUCCUGAACUGCUGAUGGACGUCGCGAUGAAAAAGGGAGACAUUGCUAAAGUGUUGGUCAUCAAUGCAGCUCCAUGCCAGUGUUACAGUGUCAGCUGUCACUUUCAUGUCAUGGGCUGUGAUGUAAUGUGUCACUGCCACAUGAUCGGGCUGCUGAUCGAAGAUGUGGCACAUAUAGAGCACAACAGACUGAUUUGUGUGGCAAAGGUGAGAUCAAAGCUACGCGUCGGGGCAAAAACAAAAAAGACUGAAAUAACUUCGACAUCUCACUAAAUCAUGUAUGAAGAAGACAACCUGAAAAAAGGAAAAACCUCCGUAAUUUUGUUUUGUUGCAGUUUUGCCUGUUUGAUUAGAAGUGAUGUUGUGAUGUAUUGAGAAAUUAUUGAUUUACUCUGAUCUGGUGUCAUUUUUCAUUCAAACACAAAGAGCAUAAAUUAUGAAUCUGUGUGCAGACGGUGAGGAAAGAGGGGAGCAAGAAGGAAAAGAAAUCAGUGGUGUUGUCCCAGGAGUUCCUUGUUCCCCCUUGUCCGUGACUUGGUCCCCUUGUCUCAUUAUGUAGGCAAAUGCAUUGUCCAUGAAAAAAAUAGAGGCACAGAGAAGAGAAAACAGUGGAAAGUUGCCCUUUGGUGCUCAGUCUAGACUCAAGCACUAAUCCUAAACAAUACAGGGACAGACUUAAACCUUGCAUGAGGACAACUCAGUAGUUUUAUCCUAUAUAGCACACUAAAUAGAGUUUAAGAAGAAUUUCUGGACUUAAUUACAGUAUCAGAACAAUUUUCUAUUACUCUAUUAUACUUUGUGGCAACAGCCACAAAAUCGCUGAAUAAUAAUCCAGCAUGGACGUUUCUUUUUUUGUUUUGUUUUUGUUGUUCGCAAUGUGUGAUGCUGAUUUUCAAGACUGCACAAAGAGUACACAAAGGUUUUCUACGUCACUGACGUGCAGUGCUCUCUGUAUGACACGGCUCACACCUUGAGGGGAGACAACCCAGGACUGUUCAUUUUUGGGGUUCUUUUUCUGCCAUAACAUGUCUUCUUCAAGAAAUCAUCUAAAAUAAGUUCAGAUUUCUGCUCUGGAAAUGUAUGCAAAAAGUAUGAUUUUGAUUUGAUUUUUUGAUUAGGUAAUGCAUAAUUAAUGAUAAUAAUAAUAAUAAUUUGCAUAAUACAACAGAACAAUUCUGAAAACUUAACCAUAAAAAAUAACCAUAUUGAUGUAAAUUAUCAAUACCUUUAUCUUCACCUUUGUGUUUUCUUUUUUUCUGUAAAAAUGUGUGGAAUUUUACAAUAAUCUAAAUGCAAUUUUUUCAUACUUUGAGCCAGAAAUCUCCACUUCACAUACACACUUACUUGCAAACUUUUCAAU